ACAAACCACGUCUGUACAAAUUUUGAGCAAAUAAAUCACCGACGACACAAAUAACGCUGCUUUCCACUGUCGGUGUCAGAAAAAAAAAAAGCACCGAAAAAAAAAAAGAACAAGUGUGAAAACCAAACCAAAAAAUUAAAACUUUUUAUAAUUAAAAGUUCGGAUCGUGAUUUUAUUCGAUUCAACCAACCUCAUUUUAUUUUACAUCCUCAAUCAUUUCAUCACACCAUUGUUGAUUCUUCUUCAAUUUCUUCUCAAAAGAUGAUGAUGAUGAUUUUCCAUGUUUUACAUUGCUCUUUUGGUUAAUCCCAAUACUUUGGUCUAUGUCUGAAUCUUGGGAUGUUCUCUGGCAUGGCUCUUUUAAGAAACAACGGUGAAUUAUUUCCAGAGAGAAGAGUCAUCAUUGAUGCCGCUUUAAAUUCUAUUUCUAAAAGUGAUCAUGGCUCUAAAGUUUCUCGUCGUGGUAGAAGGUUUGGAAGGAUCACUAAACACCGAAUUUUGCGCUGGAUUAUCCUCGUUUUGGCACUCUUUUCAAUAUUUUUAACAAUUUAUGGACUGAAAAAGUUUUUACAAGCUAAACUGGAAUCCAGGUUCUCAAUGCCACAACAAGAUCUUCGGGGAGAGCGUAGCCUAAAAGAGAAUAGUUCCUUAUACAACGUUGAAAACCCACCUAAAAACAAGCGUCGGAAGCAUUUACCUUGUGACGUUGGACUUCGGCAAUCAGUAGGUGCACUUAUUGAACCUAAAAAUUAUAUAAACUUCACACAGUUUUCUUUAAACUACAUUGACCGUGAGGAAAAAACAUCGCAAAAGGACUUCUAUGAACCUCGAUUUGGAGGGCAUCCAACUCUAGAGGAAAGAGAAAAUUCAUUUUAUGUGAAAAACCAGACAAUCCAUUGUGGUUUUGUCAACGGGCCAUCGGGAUAUCCAAACACUGGAUUUGAUUUAGAUGAAAAAGAUAGAGCUUACAUGUCCAGCUGUAAGGUUGCAGUUUCUUCAUGCAUUUUUGGAAGCUCUGAUUUUCUUCGGAGGCCUACAAAUAGACUGAUCAGUCAAUAUUCAAAGGACAAUGUUUGUUUUGUUAUGUUCUUGGAUGAUCAAACACUAGCCAAACUUUUGGCAGAAGGAAACCAUCCUGAUGAAAGAGGUUACAUUGGCCUGUGGAAAGUAGUUAUUGUAGAAAACUUGCCGUAUAAGGACAUGCGCAGAACCGGAAAGGUGCCGAAGUUUUUAUCACACCGUCUCUUCCCAAAUUCUAGGUAUUCAAUUUGGCUUGACAGCAAGAUGCGACUCACAUCUGACCCUAUGCUGAUUAUUGAAUAUUUUUUGUGGCGAAGGAAGGCAGAAUAUGCCAUUUCAAAUCAUUAUGAUCGUCACAGUGUCUGGGAGGAGGUACUCCAAAAUAAGCGGUUAAAUAAGUUCAACCACGCAGCAAUUGAUGAACAGUUUAACUUUUACGAGUCUGAUGGCCUCCCCAGGUUUGAACCAUCAAACCAUAGUCUUCUUCCGAGCUAUGUUCCUGAGGGUUCCUUUAUUGUCAGGGCCCAUACACCAAUGUCAAAUUUAUUUUCAUGUCUUUGGUUCAAUGAAGUUGAUCGAUUUACAUCCCGUGAUCAAUUAAGCUUUGCUUAUACGUAUUUGAAACUCAGGAGAAUGAAUCCAGAUAGACCAUUUCAACUAUAUAUGUUCAAGGAUUGUGAACGUAGAGCAUUGGCAAAGCUAUUCCGGCACAGGGAAGUUCCAUCUCCACCAGGGACUGCUUAGACAGUUCAAAGCUUCUGACUUGACAUAACAUGAUAUGUGAAGGGAUGCACACUGAAGGCAGGGGUAGUCCAUAUUUUACAUCCCUUUCAGCUUGACUAGUCCCAUUUUGAUGUAUGUUUCAAGCUGGAGCAAAGAGAGGCCAACUCAAUUGUAGCAAAGGUUGGAUUCUUGAUCUUCUUGUACCUGUGGUUAAAAUGUGAUUGCUGGUGAAUUAUUGUCAUGAGGAAUUUAACUCCAUUGUGGGGUUCAAUGGAAGACCUAGCGAGCAAAGGGCAAGUCGAUCAAUGUUUUAGUUUGUUCAGCUUCCUUGAGUUAAGUAUGGAGGAAGAGGUGACUUUGCUAGCAUGUGAGGUUAGUUAAUCUUUCCAAUUUGUGUAAGAUGUAACAGUCCCCCCAUUCUUUUCUAGUUAAAAGUAGAGGGUAUUGGUUAGUGGCUUAGCACAGGUCGUAAGAACUGUAAAUUGCUCUAUAAGUUUUUGGUGCAUGAGGAAUUUUCCUUUUGUAAUUUUCCCCAUAUCAAAGGAAUUAACUACUUCGAUUCAUAGCCAUUGAAUUAGAGAAUGUUAAUAACAUACUUUUAAUAAUAAUUAUUAUUGGUUGAGUUUCA